AUUCCGCAUAAGGCGCUCACAUUUCAUUCAAGGGGAAUCUGGACUUCAGUUUCCUCCUCAUCUCACACUCUCUCUUUCCUUUCUCAGUGUCCCUCUCUCAUCCCAUCUCUGCACUCCUCUUCUCUUUUCCUUCACUGCAUUUUACUUGAGCGUUCUUUCUUCCUCACUCGUACUUUCCUUCCUUUCUCCCCUCAUUUUGUUCUUUCUUUCUCAAAAAGUCUCUCACUUUGCUCUUUACUAUUUUAUCACCUGUUCAUUUCUUUGGUGACUUUUUUUCUCAAACCAUUUACAUUUAGCUUGAUGCAUUUUUUUUUCUCAUCACCACAUUGUCAAUGUCUUGUCUUCAGCAUGUACGUCUACUUUCUCAACCGCACAAACAACUUUUAAGACAUUUCCAAAGUGCAUCUUUAACUUGGAACUUGUUUUCAAUCUUUUUUUCUAUUUGGACUGUUUUCUGCUCAUUUCUUUCUAGUUUUGUGUUUUGUAUGAAACAUUAUCUAGAUAUAAAGAUUCCAGAAUUCAAGACAGCCUCCACUCAGAGAUGCAGUCGCAGGUAAAUCACAACUUCCACCCAGAGAGUGAGGUGAACAUCAACAAGCUGGUGAACAUCAAGCUAACUGCAUCCUACACCUACCUCUCCCUGGGGAUGUAUUUCGACAGGGACGACGUGGCUUUGCGCAGCUUCUCUAGUUUUUUCCAGGAGCGCUCUGUGAAGGAGAGAGAGCAGGCAGAAAAAUUGCUGGAAUACCAGAAUAUGAGAGGCGGUCGCGUUCUCCUUCAGCCCAUCGCUAAACCCAGCAGGGAGGACUGGCGAGGUGGCCUGGAUGCCAUCACCUUCUCCCUGGAGUUUCAGAAAACCCUCAACACGUCCCUCCUCGAGGUGCACCGUGGUGCCAACACUCACACUGACCCCCAUCUGUGUGACUUCCUAGAGCAGCACUUCCUGUCCGACAGCCACGACACCAUCAAGAAGCUGGGUGACCAUCUGGGCAGCCUGACCCGCCUCACUUCCUCUGAGACCCAUGGCUCCAUGGGAGAAUACCUGUUUGACAAACACACCCUGUAAGACUCACAGCAAGAAGAGAGCACAGCUUUCACACAGGGACUGGAGUCUGGAGAGUUGUGCUGGGCAGAACGUCCUUUCUAACUGUGCAUGCAUUUCUGUUACAAGUAGCACUAAAGUGGGAUUUAGCAAUAGAACCACAUACCUCUUACAGUACGUACAGAAAACAAUGCAAGACAAUGGAACAGUUGAAUACCUCAACACCCAUUUACCACCUCUGAUGUGAACAGUGGUUACCACUGACAAACAUAAAGGUGUAAUGGGUUCGCACUCAAAAAUGUCACAUAAAGCUUACUAUUCAAUUUUUCUAAAUUAUUUUCACUGCAUCAGGGAUAGCGUACAAAGACGUUUCGCCUUUACAUCCUUCAGUGUGUAGAUACAAUUUUAUUUUAAUUCAAAACCACAUUUUUAGAGAACAACCGAUGGAUGAGCAGCAGGUACUUCUGAUCAGGUUUGCCACUCAUCUGCCAAUCAGGAAUGUGGCUUUUCUGGCCUACCUGUAUACAAAUUAGUCACAAAGUAAUACAGAAUUAUAGGGUAUGGGAGUGGGCACGAAGGGCAACUGCCCCCAGGUGUUCGUUCACCUAAACAACUCUGGUGCUGUAAGUCAACUUGGUUUCUGCCAUAGAGUUGAUCAAGCAUUCCAGCAGUAAAUAUGCUUCAUUGUGUUGUGCAUUCCUACAUAUUUUGAAUCAGUGCUGUGUUACACCUAGUUUCAUUACUCCAAAAAGCAGCAUAUAAUCAAAUAUGUUCUAAAGGAUUUAAUCAAUAGUUGAAUUUGAAUAAAAGUAAAAGUAACACUA